AUUACAGAGAUACGAAGUGUUUCUGGUGAGCCGAAUUAUAAAUCCGUUAAUUUAACCUGGGAAGUGGAGUUUGUGCCUUCCUACUCGGAUUUGCUGUCGCAAGCGACCGAUAUUGAUGCUAUCACCAACAGCAGCGCCGAAGUGGAACCGCCGAAAGCGUUUCAGAUUUUCUUUUGUGAAUUGCAAUCAUUUGGACCGCAUCGCUGUCGCUCCAAAUUAGUCAACGAAACUCAACAGCUGGAACCAAACGGUAACAACGACAACAGUAAUGGCAACAGUAAUCAUACCGGCAGCAGCAGCAGAAAGAACCGCCAGAACAAUAAUGUGGAAAUUGGGCAGGCGAAAAGCAGUAGACGGGUACGUCAUUAUGCUGCGCAAAUCGAUAAUCUUCGCAUGGCCACCAAAUACAACUUCCACAUCCGACCACAAGCAAAGCGCAGAAAUAUGAAAAUCACCGGCCGCUCUGAGCUAUUCGGCAACGAAAUCGACGAUGAAGCGAAGGGUGUGCCACUUGACGGAGGCCAAACCAUCAUCAUACCAACGAAAGGAUUUGCUGCACAAGCCACAAAAUGCUUGCCCCAAGCUUCAGAAAUUGAAGUAGAAACAGGUCCAUACUUUGGUGGAAAAAUUGUUGUUGAUGGCGGCAAUUGUGGUGUAAAGGGUAAUCAAAAUGAUCCAAUCGAUCGUUAUACGAUGCGAAUCGAUCACAAAAUGUGUGGCAGUUUAGUGAAGCCGGAAACGAAUACAGUUGAAACAUUUAUAACGGUGCAGGAGAAUUUGGGCAUCUACACGCACAGCACAAGAAGAUUCGUCGUAGUGUGUAGCUUCCAGUCGGGUAUGCAAACGGUGCGCGCCAGCUUCACAGUGCCCGGCAGUGAUGGCGUUGCAGCUGCCGUAGAGAACGAUCCCUUCGAACCAGACGAACGACUGGGUCGAGAGCAGCGUUACAUGCGUUUCGUGGAUAAGAGCGCCUUGGUACUGAAGGAACAUCCGCUAUUGGAACCCAUGCCGCCAGCAGCGCACACAUUACCGUUGGCCUCAGAUGAAAGUAUCGCAAUGGUCGAAGAAGUAACCGAUGCGGUAAACAUCAGCAACAAUCAAUCAGUAGAAACCGAUGGUAGCGAUGUACCCAAUAGCGUAGCAUUGUUGGAAGAUAUUGUACCGGGUGUAAAUGAGCGCCACAUAAAACAUGAAAAUGAAGUGCUGAAGAUACAGGAAAUCGAUGAUGCCGCGCCUACAGUGCCGGUGACGAAUACGCGAGCGGCUAAAUAUGCAAAAUUGGUGCGCGAGCAGGCAACAGCAAAUCAUCUGGCAGAAGAAGUCAACGCUAGCGGUACAUUGGGCGUGGAACAGUGGUAUCAUUUGCGCAAUACCGGUGAGCAGCGAGGUUUCACCACCACUCUGGAACAAAUAUCCUCUAACGCCGGCAGCAUUAUCAUCACUGUCUCGCUUUCUGUGAUAGUUUUUGGCGCUUUUAUUUUCGUCGUAUUGCGGGAAGCUCGGCGACAGCGUUACAUUCGCAGCAACAUUAGAAUGCAGCAACUGCAAUCAUCGCGCGCAUCAUCGCCUACUUCGUUAGCGACAGAAAAGUCAUCGGUUGGAAAACGUACACUACCGCGCGCCUUGCAGCCGCAGCAUACUCAGGGCAACAUGUGAGGCACAUUAGGGUGGGUAGAAAAUAUUCGAAUUAAUUGAGUUAAGAAAACAAAAUUUUUGAUAGAAAAAAAAUGAGAUUUUAAGUAAUAGGCACUUUCAAGUAAAACUAAGAUGAAUUAGACUAAUUUAUUACUUCCAAUACUUUCGUACACUUUCGUACACUUUACAUACACUGAACAACAAAGUUGCAUUUCUUUUACAAAUUUCUCGUCUAUGCUCAUUUGUCUUGUUAAAUAAUAGAAUUAACCAACUGAUAGUGAUUUAGCUGAAGGUGACUGAGCAUAGUGAAGCUAGACAUGUAUACCCAAAAAGAAAAAGAUGAAUAAUUGCCUUUUAAUUACUUAAGAAUAUACUAAAUGCGCACUCAAAUACUCUUAUUGGAUAGAAAUUGUUGAUAAAUAUAUUAUAAGAUAAACAUAUGUAUGAUUAAUAAGGAAGAAUUUAUAAAAUAGGUAAGAGCUCAAGCCUAAAUCUUUUUAUUGUAAGUUUACGUACAUAUGUAUGUUAUCAAGGAAAACAAACUUUCACGCAGAAUUAAAUAUAAAAAUUAAGUUAUUUUUACAGGAGUAUAUAAAUGAUAUAACUUAUUUUUAAUAAGAAAAUUUAAAUAUGACAUUUUACUCAUAACUCUAGGUAAUAAGUAAAGCACCGAUUUUAUGUAAUUUAAA